AACCCAGCAGAAAGAUAGCAACGCACACUCAGACAGUUAUAAGUUUUAAGAGUCUUUACUGACAGGAAUUUUACAGACAUGAAUUCUUCCUAGCUCUCCUAGCAUACUAAACACCCCCACACCAAGUGGUUUCAGUUUCAAGGCUUUAUGCCUUUCCAGCUCUGUACAGCUGCAGUCUGUGUCCUUGGACUGCCUGCACAGUUUUAACCCAUUACUGGUUAUUUCAGUUCUGUCUUUGUGGAAAAUACCAGACACAUACAUCUCAGUAGCCUACACUAGUUUGCCUCUAUGGAGAGAUGUACAUGUUCGAACCUCUGGCUUUUGCAUGGCCAGCCUGUAGCUUCUAUUACAAAGAAGCUUUGCGGACAAUAUGCAAACUGCCCUAUGAUAAGGGGAAGUGCAACGGAUAUUAUACUCGCUAUUACUUUAACCUCGAGACCAAAGAGUGUGAAAAGUUUGUUUAUGGUGGCUGCUAUGGCAAUGGAAAUAGAUUCCGCACGAUCAGUGAUUGCAAACAGAUGUGCACACUUUCAACUGAACACAUGCCUUUAAUAUGCAAGCUGCCCCCCAAAAAGGGGAUGUGCCACGCAAUCCACACCCGCUAUUACUAUAAUAUGGUUCACAAUGAAUGUGAAAAAUUUGUUUAUGGUGGCUGCAUGGGCAAUGGAAACAGAUUUUACACUGUCGAAGAAUGCAACAAGAGGUGUACCCAUGCAGGAGAAAUGCCCAUAGUAUGUAAAAUCCCUAAAGAUCCUGGGUAUUGCUCAAAACAAAUUACUCGUUAUUAUUAUAACCAAGAGAGCAGGAAAUGUGAAACAUACACUUAUACUGGCUGUGGUGGCAAUGCAAAUAAUUUCCACAGUGAAGAUGAAUGCAAAAAGACAUGCAGAUUUUAACAGAGCAACCCUGAGCCAUUCAGACCAACCCUUGUCCUACAGCAUUUGCAAACUUGCCAGUAUAUUGGCAGGUCCCAUAAAACAAAGGCACCAAGAUAAGUUGCGGUUUUGAGGCUUUGGUCUCUUCUGGAAUCUUCUGCAUGUGCUCCAGUAAACUCACACCUUGGCAUCCUGUGAAUUUUACAUCCUGGAUAUUAUUCUCUUGCCACUUUUUCCUGUUCUUGCCCCAUUGUUUCUCUGUGGGAGCCAGAGCAUCUUCAGGCAGUGAUGUGUCGUCUAAUCAAAUACUGUACUUCAGCAAGUAGUAUAAAGUGUUCAUAGCAAUGCACUACCUGAAAGCUUUUGAGGCAUAAGAAAGGGACUGUGAAUCCCGAACAGUCAUUCUUGAUGUAAUUUGCCACUGAUUCUUGUGCAAGGAAGCAGUAAUAGUUCACCCGUGGGGUUGCCAGGUUCAGGGCCCGAGACUGAUCCUGUAUCUUUAAGAGAAGGGAAAGUCAGCCAAGUGCAGGUGUUCUUGCACCACUGUAAUGGGGGAAAAUCACAAGGUGGAAUUCUCCCUUCUCCCUGCACAACUUUUAAAGAUACAGAAGACCUCUUGGAGGCCAGGCCUGGAAACCAACCUGCUAUCUGUCACUGUUUGUGUUCCACAUCAUUUUUUCCCCGUGCACAAAUUCUUGUUGCCAUUAAAUAA